CCACCUCUGAGGCAUCAACAUUCGCUGUUGAAACAACCUAUGAGUCGCCAACGACCAGGAGGAAGACAACACAACCAACUACUUCAUUGGUAAGACUCACAACGACCAUGCCAAAUGUCACAACAGACAUAACUAACACAGCAUCGCUUUCAUCAACAAGAGACCUACCUACAGCGGUGUCUACGACAACAUUGUCAUUGGUAACUGAACCAGAGUCAACAAUAGAUAUGACAACAAAGUUGACAAAAGCUGAAACGACAUCUGAGCUAACUGAGCCAAUGGUCACUAUAGAACCCACUCCUGACGCGCCAACAACCACUAUAGGAACCACCUCUGAUGCGCCAACAACCACAGUUAUAAUAGAACCCACCUCUGAGUCGUCAACAACCAAUUUUAAACCCACCAAUGAAGUGUCAACGACCACUAUAGAACCCACCUCCGAGGCCUCAACAACCACUAUAGAAUCCACCUCUGAGGACCUAAUAAGCACUAUAAAAACAACAACCUAUAAGGCGCCAACGACUACAAAGCUGACAAAAGUUGAAACUACAUCUGAAUUAACUGAGACGCCAAUGGUCACUAUAAAAGCCUCCUCUGAGGUCUCAACAACCAAUUUAGAACCCACCUCUGAGGCACCAACAACCACUGUACAACCUACUUCUGUGACUUCAACAACCGCUAUACAGCCUACCUCUGAGGCCUCAGAAACCACUAUAGAACCCACCUCUGCGACCCGAGCAACCAUUAUAGAACCCACAUCUGAGGCACCUACAAUCACUAUACAACCUAGCUCUGAGGCGCCAACAACCACUAUAGAACAUACCUCUAAGGAUCUAACAACCACUGUAGAACCCACCUCUGCUGAGGUGCCAACAACCACUAUACAACCCACCUCUGAGACCUCAACAACCACCAUAGAACCUACCUCCAAGGCUUCAACAACCACUAUACAACUCACCUCUGGGCUAUCCACAACCACAGUUACUAUAGAACCUACCUCUGAGGACUCAACAACCACCUCUUUACCGAAAUCAACGGCCCCUUCAACGACGAAAACUACAGCCCAUCCUGCAACGACCGAAACAAGAAUCUCAACAGAAAAAGCAAAGCAGACUACAGAAGCAUUAUCAGUAGUGACGGAACAAUUGACAACUAUGAUGAUGACAAGCGAGGCGCCCACGGCAACAAAACCGUCCAUGACCACUACAAAACCCACCUCUGAGUCACCAACAACCACUAUAGAUCCCACCCAUGAGGCGUUAGUGUCCACUUUACAACCUACCUCUGAGUCGUCAACAACCACUGUAGAAACCACCUCCGAGUCGGCAACAACCGCUGUAGAAACCAUAUCUGAGACGUCAACAACCACUGUAGAACCCACCUUUCAGACGUCAACUUUCACCAAAGAGUCGACCCCUUUGGCCUCAACAACCACUAAAGAACCCACCCCUGUGGCGUUAAUUUCCACUAUAGAACCCACCUCAGAGACGUCAACUUUCAUCACAGAGUCCAACCCUUUGGUGUCAAAAACCACUGUAGAACGCACCUCUGGAGCCUCAAUAACCACUAUACAACCCACCUCUGAAGCAUCAACAACCGCUUUAGAGCAAACUUCACCAACAACUGUAGAACCCACCCCGGGGGCCUCAACAACCACUACAAAACCCACCUCUGAAGCAUCAACAACCACUAUACAACCCACCUCUGAAGCAUCAACAACCACAGUAGAAUCCACCCCUGAGAUGUUAAUGUCCACUAUACAACCUACCUCUGAGACGUCAACUUUCACCACUGGGGCUUCAACAACCACCAUAGAACGCACCACUGAGGCGUCAACAACCACUAUAGAACCGACCUCUGAGGCCUCAACAACUACAGCAGAACCCACCCCCGAUGUGGUAAUGUCCACUAUGCAACCUACCUCUGAGACGUCAACGUUCACCACAGUGUCUACCCCUUUGGCAUCAACAACCACUACAGAACCCACUUCUGAGGCCUCAACAACCACUAUAGAACCCACCCUUGGGGCAUUAAUAUCCACUGUACAACCUACCUCUGAGUCGUCAACAACCACUGUAGAAUCCACCUUUGAAGCAUCAACAACCGCUAUAGAGCAAACUUCUGGGGCCUCACCAACCACUAUGGAACCCUCCUCUGGAGCCUCUACAACCACUGUAGAACCCACCCCUGAGGCAUCAAUGUCCACUAUAGAAGCUACCUCCGAGGAGUCAACGAUCACUAUGGAACCCACCUCGAGCUCUGGGGCCUCAACAACCACUAUAGAACCCUCCUCUGGGAUGUUAGUGUCCACUAUAGAACCAACCUCCGAGGAGUCAACGACCUCUAUAGAAGCCACCUCUGAAACGUCCAUGGCCACUACAGGACCCACUUCUGAGGCCUCAACAACCACUAUACAACCUGCCUCUGGGGCCUCAACAACCAAUAUAGGGUCCACGUCUAAUAUAUUAACAACCACUAUAGAGCACACUCCUGGGGUUUUAAUGUCUACCAUAGAACCUACCUCUGAGGCAUCAACAACCGCUACAAUAAACACCCCUGACUCUGAGACGUCAAUGGCUACUAUAGAAGUGACCUCUGACACGUCAACAUUCACCACAGAUUCCACCACUUUGGCGUCAACAACCACUGAAGAACCCACCUCUGGGGUAUCAACAACUAUUAUAGAACCUACCUCUGAGGCCUCAACAACCACUAUAGAACACACCUUUAUGGCGUCAACGACCACUAUAGAACACACCUCUAAGGCGUCAACGACCACUAUAGACCACACCGCGUCAAUGGGCACUUUAAAACCCACAUCUGAGACGUCAACGUUUACCACAGAGUCCGCCCAUAUGAGGUCAACGACCUCUAUAGAAGCCACCUCUGAAGCGUCCAUGGCCUCUACAGAACCCACCUCUGAGUCGUCAACAACCACAGUAGAGCCCACCCCUAAGGUGUUAGUGUCCACUAUAGAACCCACCUCUGAGGCAUCAACAACCACUGUAGAACCUACCCCUGAGGAAUUAAUUUCCACUAUAGAACCUACCUCCGAGGAGUCACCGAUCACUACAGAACCCACCUCUGGGGCAUCAACAGCAACAACUAUAAAAUUCACAUCUGAGUCAUCAACAACCACUAUAGAUGUAAUCUCUGAGGCCUCAACAACCACGAAAGAAUCCACCUCUGGGGCAAUACCAACCACUAUAGAUCCCACCACGUCAAUGGUCACUUUAAAACCCACAUCUGAGACGUCAACAUUUACCACAGAGUCCACCACUACCUCUACCUUGGCGUCAACGACGACAAUAAAUCCCACCACUGAGACCUCAACAACCACUAUAGAACCCACCUUUGGGGCCUCAACAACUACAGAAGAACCCACCCCUGGUGUGGUAAUAUCCACUAUACAACCUACCUCUGAGACGUCAACUUUCACCAAAGAGUCCACCCUUUUGGUGUCAACUACCUCUAUAAAACCCACAACUGAGGCUUCAACAACCACUCUAGAACCUACCACUGACGCAACAACAACUGCUAUAAUGACCACCUCUGAGGCCUCAACAACCGCCAUAGAACGAACCUCUGGGGCCUCAACAAUUACAUUGACAAAACCGUUUUCUGACCACUCAGCUGCAACUACAGAAGUUGUCUCUGUGGUGCCACAGUCUACUAUAAAACCCACUUCUGAAGCGUCAACGACGACUGUAGAAUAUACCACUGUGGCAACAAGAGGUGGUACAGAACCCAUUUCUGAGCCCCCAACGACCAUUAGAGAACCAACUUCUCAAGUGGCGACGACAACUAUAGAAACCACCUCUGAGGCGCCAAUGAACACUACAGAAUUCACAGGUCGUUCUACAGUACCUGUCGAAUCGUCUACCAGUACAUUUUUCAACGCCGGAAGAAUCAACGCCGCAAGCAGCAACACAGUUAAGCACUGA